AUGGAUUCAGAAGCAGCAGAUUCUCAAGUCAUUUGUGUCGAUAAAGCAAAUACUCUCUUCAUUAAAAUAAACCGCCCAUCAGCCCUGAACUCUUGGAAUUUAGAAAUGCUACAGUUUGCUCAUAGGUUUCUCGCCAAGGCUCAGCAAGAAAGAAAAAAUCUUGUGUUUUAUGGAGAAGGCCGAGCUUUUUCAGUGGGUGGCGACAUUCUUCAGCUUUUAACAGGUCAAGCAGGUGUGGAAGAAGUAUUUAUGUCACUUAAUGCUUCUCUCUAUAUAAUAAGCAAUUUGCCAACAACAACUGUUACUUUUAUGGAUGGAUUAACCAUGGGCGGCGGAUGCGGAGUGUCUUGGGCAUGCAAAAUAGCAGUUGCCACCCCUAAGACAGUUUGGGCAAUGCCAGAGUCUUCUAUAGGUUUUUGUCCUGAUGCUGGGUCUUCUUACCAUUUAAGCAGACUCUCUAUCCCUGAGUUAGGGCUCUAUUUGAAACUAACUGGUGAAAGAAUAAAUGGCGCUGACUGCUAUUUUUAUGGACUAGCUAAAUACUACAUCUUAGAAGACAAAGAAAAGAUUUUGCAAGAGAUGAGAGAAGACGAAGAUUUAGAAAAAAUAAUAAAAAAAUACCACGUAGAGCCAAGGCAAAAAGAGUCAACAAUUAUGCCAAUUAUGAGAGAUUUGAUAUAUUGCUUCAAUAAUCAUAUCGACGUAGAAACAAUAAUGUAUCGACUUAGACAAACAAAUUCCUCCUGGAGCUUAAAAACAUUGAAGAAGCUAGAAGAUUUGUGCCCACUCUCACUGAGGAUUGCUCAUGAAGCUUUUAAAAGGGGAAAACAAUUAAGUUAUGAGCGAUGCUUGAAAAUGGAAUUUAAUUUAGCUGCGCAAAUGCUUGAAUAUAGAAAUAAAAAUUUCAAGGAAGCUGCUGAGCACAAGUUUAUAAAUAAAAACCGAGGGAGAGUAAACUGGUCACCAAACUCAAUUGAAGAGGUUGGCGAGAGUACCAUACAGCCUUAUUUUGCUAAUCAAGAAGGAAUCAAGCUACUGUUUCCUCGACUUUAA